AAGAAAAAAAAGAAUAAUUUACGUUGUUAAUUAAUUGGUAUGCGAUAAGACAUAUUAUCAAACAUGACACGACUAAUGGAAAUGUAAUACGUAUUAUGUUUUUUCUGUUUACAUAUAGAUAAACAUUAUACAAAUAUGAUUAGGUAUACAAGUAUACGUUUUAUAGAUCGGUACGUACUAAUAUUUUAAUUUUUGAACAUAUUACUCGCGUGUACAGGUCACGAUUAGGUAAUAAAGCCGAUAAUAUCUUCAAACUGCGGUGACCGGUGUGCGCCAAUUGCAAUCACCCAUGAGGUGAUUUUAGGUGAUUUAACGUUUAUUUGACGUAUAUUCAUUGGCUUUUUAAUAAUUGCACCGAGAUUUCGUCGCCUUACCACCGUAUUCAAUCGUGGUACAAGCGCCUGAAUAGUUCAAUAAAAUAUAAUUCGACUGCGUGACUUCAGACAUUUCCUACUGUCCAUUCUGGGUCCUAGUGCCCCGGUCCGAAUAAGGCCGGCGUCUUCAACCGCGGCCCAUAGAUCGUUCGUUUGGAAACGUUUUUGUACUUGAUACUGUUCACAGUAUUUCGGUUGGUGCAUCAUUUUCCUUUACAUUGUAAUAAUUAUUAUGGUCACGGUGUUAUUACGAUUACGCGAAACGGACGCGUCGGCGCGUCGCAGUCUAAGCCGCGGUCGCUAUCAGCUGUUGUCCCGACCGAUCAGCUGACAAUUCGCGUUCCCCGCGGACCGCCAGCCGCCGGUCGCCCGGACGUAACUCGCGCGAAUCGGCUAUUCGCGAAUACGCACACGCAUUCGACCCGAAGAGCUCGGUAAAUAUUUUGUUAUUGUUGUGCUUUAUUAUCGCAUCGCACUAUCGCGUGUUUCAACGAAGUCGUCGACGGAGGUCCCCCGCGGAAUCCGCGUCGCACAGUGCUCGAGUGUAAGACAAUAAUAUUAUUAGUGAUUUUACGCGCCCACGUACAACGCGAAUGAAUAUUAUUAAUACUAUUAUCGCAUUACGGGUAUAACAUACAUUUAAUAAUAAUAACAUUAAAUAACAUAAUAAAUUAUAAUACUUUAAAAUCAGUGGUGUGCGCGCGCGCGCGCUCUCGUCUGUGUGUGCGUGUGCACGUACCUACUUAUUAUCGUUAUCCUUUGUUUUGUAAUUUGUUUGUGUAGUAUUGUUGUUGUUCAUUAUUUGUGUAUUAAGUAUUUACAAACGCGCACACGCACACGCAUACACACACACACGCAGUCUCGCGCGUGCUUUACGACGCAUAUAUAUAUAUAUAUAUAUAUAUAUAAUAGGUAUAUAGUAUAUAUUUAUACAUGUGGACGAGUUAAUAAUUAUUAAAUAUUAUUAUACGUGUAAACAAUAAUAUUCGGAAUGACUGGCAGGGGAAAACGAUCGGCGGCGGCGGCGGUGGGAAAAACUACUGCGAUUACGAGUGCGACUACGCGGACCACGGCGAAGGAGGCGGCGGUCGCGGUGUCGAUAGCGGCGGUGGCGACGCGGCGCGAUAGACCCGACGUCGACGAUUGCGGCGGGACGACGAUGUCGACAACGACGACAACUGCGGUCGGCCGUCCCGGACAAUGGUUUUUGUUGCGUUCCGCUGCCGCGUGGGCGAGCACGUAGGGAAGACGGCCACUACGGACGACAAUAGUCGACAGCGGUACGAGUGUUCUUUGGCCGCGUCCGUCGUUGUCGUUGUCGCCGCCGCCGCCGUCGUCGUCGUCGUGUAACGUUUUCGUCCUCGACCGUCGUCGUCGUCGCCGCCGUCACUGUGAUGUAGCCGAGGUGAAUGUCAAGGCAAGUAAAUAUUAUUGUACUCGAUCUACCUACUCAUACCAUACACGACAGUAUUAUUAACGGUGUGUGCACGACAGACACAGCGCCCAUAACGUCAUGUAAUAUCUGCAAAAUCUAUUAUAUUUAUAAAAACCGUAUAGUUCACAACAUAUUGGGUGUUACGGUACCGCCGUUGAGCCAGCGGACUCGCGGUCCGCCGGCCAAUGGUCCGUCGGACAUCGUGUAUGACAAAGGUGUUCAUUUGACGCGUGUUAUUUAAUGUCGACUACUGAUAAUUGUACAGUGUUGAAUUUGGCCUUUGUGUACCACCGCUAAUUGAUACUGCAUUCAUGGAUUAAUUUUGGCAAUAAUCAUUAUACCUACACAGUCAAUGUAUAAUAAUAAUAAUAGCGGUACGUUGGGUACUUAUGAUAAUAUGGUCAUUAUUAAGCAGGUGUAUAUUACAGAUUUCUUUCCCCACCAAACGAAUCGAUUUACCCUCUUCUACUUCGACGAACCAGUAUUUUUUUUUUUUUUUUUGUUGGUACUCAAAAUCGGCAUGAUGGUAAUGGCCUGAUGUGUCACUACAACCGGUGUUCGUUUUAAACUGUAUCUACAGUAGUUUGCGAUGUUUGCAUUCAGUCCAGAAUUUAUCUUGUAAAUAAUCUAUAAUUCAUGUCUGUGUAAAUUUAGACGACAAUACAUUUUUUUGAAUAGCUAUUAUAAUCUACAUUUAUAUAGGCAAGUGUUUGUUUUGUGUAUACAUACAUGUAAUGUCUAAUCUAUGGCGUGCAAAGAAUUUUGGAAAUAUGUGAUCAAGUAAAAGCCGAUAAAAUCUUGUAGCUAGAUUUUUCAAUCUCUAUUUCCUUAUGGGUAUUGGUGUUCAAACUUAAAUUUUGAAUAAAAAAAUUGAAUUGUUUUUAUUGAUUUCUGGUUUCCCUUGGUUACACAGGUAAAAAAAUACAGAAAUAUAUUUACAUUAAUUAAAAUAAAUCAUUUCUGUUCUCUGUAGUUACGAUAAAUGGUUAUUAAUUUGGUUGCUGCGAGCAAUUUACAUAAUCCUUAUUGGUAUUAAUUUAGUUAUCGUGGGCAAUAUGAACUCUAUUGGUAGAUAUAUACGUAUAUAUACAAUAUUAUUUCUUCUUUGCAUUUGUGAAGAUAGUAAUAAGAAAGACACCAGUAUACAUUGUUUAAUAUCUAUCAUGCACACUUACGAUUUUCUUCACAUAGUAUCAUCUACACAAUUUUCUUGGAAAAACAUUAGGGAAAUUAAUAGUAAUAAUAAUAAUUCUUUCUUCUUAAUAGUUUAUGAAUUUAAUUUAAUAUUAUUUUGUAGUUUCUGUACAUUUUAACCAAUUGGUUGAUCAGUACAAUCUUCAAUUAAUUUUUCUAGGCAACUGAUUCUGAUUGAAUUCUGUUAAUAUAAUUAUUUAAUUACUAAAAUAAUCUAUAAAUUAACAAAACAAAUUAUUUAUAUAGGUUCUUUUUAAAUGAUUUUAAUACACAGUUUAAAAAUGUUAAAGAAAUGAUUCAUAAAAUUGAUAUAUUUCAUAUAAAAUUCCACUAGUAGGUGUUCAAAAAUACAUUAUAUAUUAUUAUUUAAUAAUUCAUAUCUAAAAUACUACAGUCGUAUCGUCCUGGCAUUAAAAAUAAUUAUUUAUUUUAGGUAUAUACCUAUUUUAAUAAGUGAUAUAUGUUAUAAAUUAUAAUGUACUAUAUAUUACUUUUGUUUGAUUUAUUUUAAUAUCAAUGAAAAAAGAUUUUUUUUUUUUUAUAAAAAAUACAUUUUAAUGAAAUUAAAAACUUAGUGGUGAAGUACAGGAUUUAAUUUAAUUAUUAUUCUCAUUAAUUUCAGUCAAUAAUAAAUUAUGCUUAAAUACGAAAAUAUUGAAUUUAUAACCUACACUUUAAAAUAUAAUUUUGUUUAAAUAAUUUGGAUAUAAUUUGAAAACAAAUUAGUUUAAAAUGUUUUAUAAAAUAUAAUUUUAAUUUUAAUUUAUAUUUACUAUCAAAUAUUCUUAAACAUGUUUAGAGUAAAUAUAUGUAAUACAUUAAAUAAAAAUAUAUUAUUGUUGUGGAGUUGCGAGAGAUUGACUCAUUUGGAUAUGUUAUCUAUUGAUUAUGAGUAUAUCACCAAAUUUAACUAGGAUACAGUAGUGUAGCUGCAGUUUUAAAUUUUAUAAUCACGCACCGUAUACUAUUAUAUUAUUAUAUUCUUCAAAACAUUUAAAUCUACUCAUUGAAAUAAUAUAAUGUAUACAAUUAAAUUAUUAUUAUUUAAUUUUAAUUUGUUCUAUUUAAAAUUUAUAAAAAUCCCAUCUUAUAAUUAAAACUUUUUUUGUUACAUGUACUUACUUAAUUGAUUUUGUUUACUUAUCUAAAAAAAAGAAAUCAUAUUUUUAUUGUUUUAAAAAUUAUUUUAUUAUUUGAUUUUCGCCAUUUACCUACUUUAGUAUAAAAUAUACAAUUAUAGUUCUAUAUUAUGAGUACUAAGGUCACCAAUAACUAUCAUUUAUGAGUUUUCAAUUAGGUCAUUAAAAUAUGAUCAUUAUUAAUUUCUCCAUGCAUUAACAAAAAUAUCUAAUGUUAUGCUUAAUUUUAAUCUGUAAAAUUAUUAUUAUUAUUAUCAGUGUAAGUUAUAACAAGCUGAGGUCAAUUUAGUGAAUAAAUCAGCUAUUAUGAUUACAUUUAUUUUUAAAAUUCUAUUACGUUUUAUGUUAAUUGAAUGCUUGAAUUUUGAUAAGAUAUUAAGAAGUGCAUUAUAUUAUAUUUGAUAAAUGUUUACUACCUAUGUACCUUUUAUUAAUUUAUUAGUAUUGUUAUUAAAGACAAAUUUUAGUCCAUGUCCAAUUUCAAAGUUCACGUUUAAUGGUGAAUUUAAUUUUUUAAGUUAACAUGUGAAAAUUAAUAUAUUAAUAAUGUUUUUAGGUAUAUUCUAAGCAAAUACUUUAUUAAUUACUUAAAUGACCAUGGAAACACUUGCGAGAGAUGCACCAUCAAGCAUGCAUCAUCAUAAUAAUUCAUCCGUUUCAAAUAUGAAACAUAAUUAUGUUCAGGUACAUAUUGCUAGAUUGUUGUAAUUAAUAUAUGAUUACACUGGUUGAUUCAUUUUUAACAUAUUCAAUUUUUCUUAAUUUAGUUGUCCAAAACGUGUUUAGAUGAAGAUGCUCAAAUAAAUAAGAAACUACCAAAGGAGCUUUUAUUACGGUAUUAUUUGAACAUUUAAAUUUAGUUAUUUGUUGUUAAAAUAAAACAGUAUACAUUUGUAUUUUUCAGAAUAUUUUCAUACCUAGAUGUUGUGUCAUUAUGCCGAUGUGCUCAAGUAUCUCGUGCUUGGAAUGUUUUAGCCCUAGAUGGGAGUAAUUGGCAAAAAAUAGAUUUAUUUGAUUUUCAGACAGAUGUUGAAGUAAAUUUGAAAGUUUUAAGUUAUGUAUAUAUUUUAUAGUUUUGUAAAAAGCAAAAAUUAUUUUAGGGACCAGUGAUAGAAAAUAUUUCACGACGGUGUGGGGGCUUUUUGCGACAAAUUAGUUUGCGUGGAUGUCAAUCUGUGGGUGAUGGAUCUCUGAAAACUCUUGCUCAGUGUUGUAAUUAUAUAGAAUAUAUAAAUCUAAAUGGCUGUAAAAGAAUCACAGAUAGGUAAAUUAAAUUUUAUUAAUAUUCGUAUUGUUGUUAACCACCUCUUUUUUUUGUUAUAGCACAAGUCAAUCUUUAAGUCAGUAUUGCAAAAAACUAUUGUCCUUAGACAUUGGUUCAUGUUCUAUUGUGUCAGAUUUAUCUUUAAAAGCAAUUUCUGAUGGUUGUCCAAAUUUGACUAGUGUUAAUAUAUCAUGGUGUGAUGGUAUUACGGAGAAUGGUAAUUUUUUUUCUUUACAUUUUUCCUACUCUUUUAUAUUGUGUUAAUAAUUUUAUAGGAGUUGAAGCAUUGGCACACGGUUGUCCAAAACUCAAAUCUUUUAUAUCCAAGGGGUGUACAAGAAUGACAACACGAGCAAUCAAUUGUUUGGCUCAGCAUUGUGUCAAAUUAGAAGUAAUCAAUUUGCAUGGUUGCAAUGUAAGUGUUAUCAAUUUUUUUUCUUUCUAAAUUUGACUAUUUUGAAUUUAUUUUUACCUAGAAUAUCGAAGAUGAAGCUGUGAUAAAGUUAGCUAAUAACUGCAAUUCCUUAAAAUAUGUAUGUCUUGCGAAUUGUUCUUUAUUGACUGAUAACUGUCUUGUAGCCCUGGCUGAACAAUGUUAUCAGUUAAAUACUUUAGAGGUUGCCGGUUGUUCACAGUUUACUGAUAUAGGUUUUCUAGCAUUAUCAAAAGUAAUUAAAUACUUACUUCUCUUAGAAGAUAUUUUAUGUAUAUUGUUAAUUGUUUUAAUUAGACAUGUCAUCUUAUGGAGAAAAUGGAUUUAGAAGAAUGUGUAUUUAUUACAGAUUCAACUCUAUUUCAUUUAGCAAUGGGAUGUCCUCGGCUUGAGUAUUUGGUAAUUAUCUACUUAAAUAGUAAUAUUAAUUCUUUGUAUUUUUAAUUAAUUUUGUUCACUUACAGAGUUUGUCUCAUUGUGAACUGAUCACCGACGAGGGCAUUAAACAUCUAAGUACUUCAACUUGUGCAUCAGAACAUUUGGCUGUGCUUGAAUUGGAUAACUGCCCUCUUAUUACUGAUGCAUCUUUUGAUCAUCUCAUAAAUUGUCAUAACUUACAAAGAAUAAUGUUAUAUGAUUGUCAACUCAUUACCAGAAAUGGAAUAAAACGGCUUCGGGUGAGUAUUAUUUUGCUUUAUAUUUAAUUUUUGGCUAAUUCAAACUGCCUAGGGUUUUACAUAUAAAAAUAUUUAAAUUACAAAGCAGAAAUAAUCAGCUGAUGGAAAUUUAAUAAAAAUGAAAACUUUCCAUCUAUCUAAAAAACAAUAAGUUGUUUCUUAUAUUUAUUUUGUAUAUAAUAUAUAUACAUACAUACUCAAACUCUACUUUUUCUAUUUUAUUUAGACACACUUGCCUAAUAUAAAUGUGCACGCAUAUUUUGCGCCUGUGACGCCACCACCGUCCACUGGCAAUAGUCGUAAACAUUAUUGUCGUUGCUGCGCCAUAUUGUGAGGUUGGCUUGAAGGCCAGUCAUGCAUACGUGUGUGUGCUACUUGCCUGAAAUACUUGGCCAAUAUUUUGCAAUCAUUAGCCUGCUGUGUAUUUAAAUAUAAUAUUUAUUUUUUACCGUUCUUUUUUAUUAUGAUGAUGUUAUAUUGUUUAUUAUUAUUAUUUUAUUUCAUUUUAUUUAAUUUAAAUAAAAUAAUUUAAUUUAUCAUAUUUAGUAUACGUUCAUUGAUAAUAAUAGUUAUAUUUUAAGUCAUAAAAGAAAUCUGUCCAUAUGGACUGAUAAAUUAUAAAAGUUUAUGUAUGUGUGUGCUGGUUCACUAAAUGAUAUUUGCCCAAAUUUUCUUUUAAUAUUUUUAGUCAUUGAUUCAAAAUAAGCUAAAAAACAGUACCUAUAUAUUUUUUGCCGAAAGGUAUUAAUGAUAUUAAAAUUAAAUUCUAUAUAUUUUCAUUACAGAUUUGUAUUUGUGUUAAAAAACAUUUUUCGUACAUUUUAAGUUCUAAAAAGUUGUUUUUUACUAAUAAGAAAUUAAUGAAAAGACAUAAACAUUCCUCCAUAUUUAUUACAACGUUUUUAAUUCUCCCUAAUACUUCAUUGAUAUAGUGCUAAAGUAUAGUAGUAUGAGCUUAUGAUUCUAUUUGCAUGUUAAGAUAUUUUUAUUUAUAUGAUCAGUCUAUGUAGGUAAAUAUAUAAUUCAACUGUGUUAUUUGAUUAUCAAAAUCUAUUAAAAAUUUAAAAGAAAAUAACUGGGCUUCAUUAAUGAAUCACUGUAUAUAAUAUUUAGGUUUAUAUUAUUUAACAGUCAUUUUUAUAUGAACUAUUAAAAUAAUUAUGUUCCUUUAUGACACAAUAUUAUAUUUUAAUGUAUUUACAGACUAGCAAGUAUUAUGAUUUAAAAUCUAAUUGUUACUUAUCAUUUAGAACAUGAUUUAAUUUAAAUUUUUAUUCGAACAAAAUUAUUUCUCUUUAGUUAUGUUUUAGGUAUUUACUUUACAAUUUAUAUCUGCCGUGUUAGCUGUAAAUUCAUAAACACAUGUAUGAUACUUAUCUGUAUUUGAAUAUUGUAUUGCUAAGAUUUCCAUUUAUUAAUGAAUAAAAUAUAUUUUGGUGCUAGUUCUUAAGGACUUAAGAUUUAAAUAUUGUGGUUUUGUCUAAGAAAUGAACGAUUUUUGUCUCAAUGUUAUUAUUCGAUUUGCAAUUUUUAAAACUAUUCCAUUUUCAGCAGCUUUUUUGAUUUGUGUAUUAAAAUACAAAUAAAUGUUUUAUAGAUAUUGUCAUAAAUUGUAUCUUGUAAGUCAUAAUACUUAUUAAUCUAAAGCUUAAAUAAGUCUAGAGUUUCUAGAUUCUGGAUCAUUGUUUGGUGUACAUGAUAAUAAUUGCAGUUUAAUUUUUAUUGGUAAUUUAAAAUAACCCUUAUUCAAUGUUUAAUAUCAAUUUAGAAGAGUCUUGUAAUAUUAUGUGUAGUUAGUAAUCACAUUAAUCAAAAUUUGACUUUAAUACAUGAAAAUGUUAUCCCUUUGAAAAACAAAUAUUGAAAAAUAAACUUCUAAUUUGUUUUUAAAUAAAAAACGAGAAAUAUUUAAGUACCUAUACAUGACAGUAAAGUUUUUACAUGUUGUUAAAAUAUAGUACCAAUGCUUCUAUAUAUAUUUUAUAUAUAUAGUACAUUAUUUUUUAAACUUGUGAACUUUUUUCUAUUUAUUAUUAAAAAAUUGCACAUUAAAUUGGUGUUUAAUGUAUAUUUUUUUUAUCUGUGUUUCACCUACAAAUUUACUAUAACAUCAGGCGUAAUAUUUUUAUUAAGUGCCUAUAAUGCCUAUUUAGACAUAUUUUAUGGUUAAGUUUUUAUUAACAACAUAAUAUAAUGUAUUAACAAAAAUGUUACUAAAUUAUGUCACAAUUUAUCAUAUAAUUGUACAAUUUUUUUAUUAAUUGAUCAUAUUUUUGUACUUUUUAUUUUGGUCUAGAAAAAAAGAUAAUACAAAAUUAUAUAUAUUUUGCAUAAUAAUUGUCAUAUAAGUUUUGCUGUCGAGUAUAAAAUAUACAAUAAUACCUAAUAAUAUAUAGAAAUGUGAUUUUAUUUUUCGCGCU